GGGUAUGAACUCAGAACUGUAUCAAAAAUGUUAAGAAAAUAGAGUUAUCUGCCCUUUGUUUAUAUGGACCACAUGCUUCCGGUUUAAUUUUCCGAAUUUUCUUAAUGAGAUCGAAUGUCAACAUUAGAAGUAGAUCACUCGUCCCUCGACGUUGUAGCUUCGUGGUUUGGGCAAACAUUACCAAAGAAAAGAAAAAGUGAAGAUGUAGAGAUCAGUGAGCAAAACAAGAAAGGAAAACACAAGAAACUGAAUAAAGGAAGUCAAAAUGGGACGGGAACUUUGACAACGUCCGACCGUACUGUACACUCACGGGACAUAACGCCAGGGAAGGUCAGAACUCUUCCACAGGGUGAAGGUCACUCAGAGGAUGCGACAGAUUUAUCCGUGUCCAGCUUUAUACAGGGGAAGAUUAACAAAAAACUCCUGAAAGCUAGUCACAAGAAAAGGGAGCAAGGACUCUCCAUCCCAGGCAAAGAUAAGGGGGAGGUGGAUUUAAACAGGAAGAUAAAAAGACACGGUCAUGUGGGCCAUGACUCCUCGUCAGAGGGGGAAGAGGAGAGUAGACUGGGUCUGAUCACAGGGCAGAGGCCGGCUCAAAGGUCAGUGCCAGACUCGGCCAAGAAGCGGAAGCGGAAGCGCAAAAAGAAGUCAAGUGAAACAUAAACUAACCCGGAUUUAUCUGUUCAAAAUGUCGACUUAAUAAAUGUUCCUGCCUAUAUUUAGAAAAUCGCGCGUCAUGAAAAAAAGUGAAAUGUGUUGACUGAAUGAUAUGUAUAAAUUAUUUGUUGAAGGCUUAGAAAAAAUAAAAUUGUCAUU